AUGGAUCGCGAACUCCCGCCGCAGAAGCAGCGACAGCAGCGCAGUAGCAGCAGUCACAGAAGCACCUCUACCAGUCAUCCUGCAGGGACUUCUCGGAAUGCAAUGCCAGGUCCUUCACGAGCGUUCCGGAGCUUACAGCAGCGACCUCAUAGUCGUGCGACAGCUCCAGUACCUACUGCGGUAAUGUCCAAGACGCCUUCCAUGCUGAUGCGUGGAGCAGCAGGAGGGGGAGAGGGACCUCCUCCUCCUCCUUUUGGGACCUCCUCAUCGUCGAAAAUGCUUUACGAACCUAACGUCCACUGUUUACGCACUCGGUCGAGUGUUGCCAGACCUUUGGAACGAGACCAUCGCAUACAAGCGGAGAACUCCAGCCCCCGCGAGAUGUCACCUUCUGCAACAUUAGACCGACGCAGUAGUUCAAGAAUUGGCUCGUUGAGUACGCCACGACGACUAUAUAAACCCGCUGCAGUACAGCAGACCAAGAUUUGUCCGCCGUCUUCUUGUGUGAAACUCAUUACUCCCCAGAUGCAGUUUGCAACGAACUUGUCGACGCAAUUAGGAACGUGCUUGGAACUGAUAAACUUUACAGUGGUAGGUGUGCUCGGGUUCGAUGGAGUGGGCAAAUCCACAGUGCUGUCUCUUUUAGCUCGGAACGACAAGAUGCGGGAAAAUCGAUUCAAGACGCGAAGCUCAGAGUCGGUCGUCUCGCAUUGCCAUGAAACCACGGGAGUCGAUCUAGCUGUCUCCAUGGUCGGGGGGUCUGGCCAUCCGACGAUUUUGUUGGAUACGCAGCCUCUACUGAGUAGCUCAAUGCUUGUCGACUUGCUCGAGAGCAAGGAGUCACAUCGAGUUGGCGCGAUGACGCCGGAACAACAAGUAGAAGCUGCAUCGUACCAGAUUGCUGUGUUUCUCUGUGCAAUCUGCCACUACGUGCUGGUUGUUCAUGACGGAUUGGCUUUCCAAGUCUCUGUGUAUGAACUGCUUUGCAAGGUUAAGCAGAAGUUCUCGCAAUGUCGACUGCCGAGUGUAUCCGGCAACAGCCAGAGGCACGCAGCGCAGAUACUUUUCGUAGCUAACAAUGUUGCAGAUUCCGAGUUGCUGUACCGCGAGAGCGAGUUGUUAUCUGCUCAUGAGCGUGCCCUCGAAGCAGCUUGGUCGCAGUCGUUGGUUCGUGUUCCAUACAAGGUGAUGGUGCACAACGAUCCUGCAGACGACGAUAGUGGUUCACUCAAUGUGGCGUCAUUCGUCUUGCCGCAUAGACAGCAGCAGUGUAUGUACCAGGAAUCGUCAGGGACGUCACUUGCAAGUGGACACAAGGAGGAAGUCGAGGACGAGACCAAGUCGAACACAAGUGGUUGUAUUUCCAACGAAUACGCAGACUUUGAUGAUGCAGCGGACGAUUUCCAGCGCUUUGUGCUGAGUUUACCGAGCUCUCCCUCGUUCACGCCGGGUUUGAUUUCAGCGAUGACACCAGGAUCAAAGCCACUACCGCCUCCACGUCCACUCUCGCUGCGCGAAUGGCUGAACAAUGCUUCUCGCGUAUUUGAAGGCGUACGCAAAGCUAGCUGCUUUACAGCCGAAUACAAUGCGUCACGUGACCACCAGUAA